AUGAAGGUACUAGCAGUAUUGGGUCUUUGCUUGGCAAUCGCCACCGCCCUCCCUCUGAAUGAGGAGAUUGGCGAGGAACAUAUUCCGCAGCCUUACAAAAGAGUGGGCGAGGAACUGAUCCCGGAACCGUAUGAAGAGAUCGGUGAGGAACAUAUUCCCGAGCCGUACAAGCGAAUCGGUGAGGAACAGAUCCCGGAACCCUAUGAAGAGGAGGGAUACGAGCAGAACUGGCAGCUAGUGCCCGAUGGCGAUGGCCGUCUGCAUCUGGUGAACACCGACCCUUUCAACCUGGGUACUCAGGAUGAGCCUGCACCUUUGUUCAAUGCUGAUGCUGAUACCAUCUUCACGUUGUUUACCCGCAACAACCGCAACAGUGGACAUCGUAUCACUCCUGGUAAUGCUGGAACCCUUGGACCCCACUGGAAUGGUGGUCGUCAGACCCGGUUCGUUAUUCACGGCUGGAACAACAAUGGAGGAUCGGAAGUCAACGUGCUUAUUCGUAACGCUUACCUGGACCGUGCCGAUAUCAACGUGAUCGUUGUUGACUGGGGCGUAGGUGCCCAGAACCCGAACUAUGUGACGUCGCGUAAUCACAUUAACGCUGUCGGAGCUACUGUGGCUCGUUUCAUCGAUUUCCUGAACCAGAGCGGAGGGUUGGCCUUCAACAAUGUGUACGUUACUGGACACAGUCUCGGUGGUCAUACUGCCGGUAUUGUUGGCAAGCGUGUGACCCGUGGUCGUCUGAACACGGUCGUCGCUCUGGACCCUGCCCUGCCGCUGUUCUCGAUCAACGAUCCUGGAAAUCGUGUUGCCUCGGGUGAUGCUAACUACGUUGAGGUGAUCCACACGAACGGUGGUCUGCUCGGUUUCGAUCUGCCUCUCGGUCAGGCUGAUUUCUACCCCAAUGGAGGUCGUAGCCAGCCUGGAUGUGGUGUAGAUCUGGCGGGCACCUGUGCCCACGGACGUGCCUUCCAGUUCUUCGCCGAGUCGGUCCGUCCGGCGCAGAGUGGUUUCAACUCUGUCCGUUGCGCCAACUACGAUCAGAUCCUGAACAACAACUGCGUGUCGUCGGGAGCCAAUGCUCGUAUGGGUGGAGAGCCUUCGAACAUUGGACGCGGUGUGAAUGGUGUGUUCUUCCUCACCACCAAUGCCCAGAGUCCGUUUGCCCGCGGAUAAGAUGUAAUGCUGUGAAAAUAAAGAUAA